UCUCUCUUUUUGGGGGUGGCCAAAACCCGACCGGUGUCGGGACACGAGGCGGCCCCCGCACGCCUCGCCUGUGCGUGCUCGGGAGUCGGUGCAGACCGGACUCCGCGCUGGGGCGAGCUGACAGGAGUUUGCGGCAGCGAUAGAACAUGGAGAUGUCAUGGGCGCGACAGAGCCUGGCGGGGAUACCAGCAGCGUGUGAUGAGUUCCACCCGUUCAUCGAGGCGCUGCUGCCUCACGUCCGCGCCUUCUCCUACACCUGGUUCAACCUGCAGGCGCGGAAGCGCAAGUACUUCAAGAAGCACGAGAAGCGGAUGUCGAAAGACGAGGAGCGGGCGGUGAAGGACGAGUUGCUGGGCGAGAAGCCCGAGAUCAAGCAGAAGUGGGCAUCCCGGCUGCUGGCCAAGCUGCGCAAAGACAUCCGGCCUGAGUUCCGAGAGGACUUUGUGCUGACCAUCACGGGCAAGAAGCCCCCCUGCUGCGUGCUCUCCAACCCCGACCAGAAGGGCAAGAUCCGGCGGAUUGACUGCCUGCGCCAGGCCGACAAGGUGUGGCGCCUGGACCUGGUCAUGGUGAUUUUGUUUAAGGGGAUCCCCCUGGAAAGUACUGAUGGGGAGCGGCUCUACAAGUCGCCCCAGUGCUCGAACCCCGGCCUCUGCGUCCAGCCACAUCACAUUGGAGUCACAAUCAAAGAACUGGAUCUUUAUCUGGCUUACUUUGUCCACACUCCAGAAUCCGGACAAUCAGAUAGUUCAAACCAGCAAGGAGAUGCGGACAUCAAACCACUGCCCAACGGGCACUUAAGUUUCCAGGACUGUUUUGUGACUUCUGGGGUCUGGAAUGUGACGGAGCUGGUGAGAGUAUCACAGACUCCUGUUGCGACAGCAUCAGGGCCCAACUUCUCACUGGCAGACCUGGAGAGUCCCAGCUACUACAACAUAAACCAGGUGACCCUGGGGCGGCGGUCCAUCACUUCCCCUCCUUCCACCAGCACCACCAAGCGCCCCAAGUCCAUCGAUGACAGUGAGAUGGAGAGCCCUGUCGAUGAUGUCUUCUAUCCUGGUACAGGCCGCUCCCCGGCAGCUGGCAGCAGCCAGUCCAGUGGGUGGCCCAACGAUGUGGAUGCAGGCCCGGCUUCUCUAAAGAAGUCAGGAAAGCUGGACUUCUGCAGUGCCCUCUCCUCUCAGGGCAGCUCCCCGCGCAUGGCUUUCACUCACCACCCGCUGCCUGUGCUUGCUGGAGUCAGACCAGGGAGCCCCCGGGCCACAGCAUCAGCGCUGCACUUCCCCUCCACAUCCAUCAUCCAGCAGUCGAGCCCGUACUUCACGCACCCGACCAUCCGCUACCACCACCACCACGGGCAGGACUCGCUGAAGGAGUUUGUGCAGUUCGUGUGCUCGGACGGCUCGGGCCAGGCCACGGGACAGCCCAACGGUAGCGGCCAGGGCAAAGUCCCGGGGUCAUUUUUGCUACCGCCGCCGCCUCCAGUGGCCAGACCUGUGCCCCUUCCUAUGCCUGAUUCCAAAUCCACCAGCACUGCCCCAGACGGCGCCGCCUUGACUCCUCCAUCACCUUCAUUCGCAACGACAGGCGCCUCCUCUGCCAACCGGUUUGUCAGCAUCGGACCCCGGGACGGCAACUUUCUGAACAUCCCACAGCAGUCUCAGUCCUGGUUCCUCUGAUAAGAUCGACAAAAAGAAAUGACAAAAUGUAAAGAAGAGGUUCCUCAAACGGGGGGAGAAGAAAUUUUGAGACGUGGAAAAAUCCCCCAGCCCAGCCCCACCGAAAAGCAAAAAUUAGAC